AAGCGUCGUGUACCCUUAAUAUGGGUUAUCCUACCUCUUAAGCGCAGGUAUUUAUAAAAGCGAUAUUAAACAGGUGCAAAAGGAGUCAAACUAUAAUGAAAGUGGUUAUGAUUUGAUAUUAUUGAGGGACGAAAUGCCACACGGACUCGACUUGUUUUACACAUCUCUGCUCUUUACAGUUCUGGUAACGGGAGUGGUUUCCAGUUGCAAUGAGAGUUCAAAUACUACACACACAAAACAAGUUGCCCGGAUGUGUUCCAACAUUAACGUAACCGGCACACAUGUUUAUAUCGAUGCCGACGACGCCGGAAGCAGCAAUCAUUCGUCGGAAUCUUCGUGCACGUGCACUGUGACCACGCAGGUCGGCAAACAGAUGGAAGUCAAGUUGAAUUUCAAUGGAACCUUUAACCAAAUAUGCGGCACCACAAUAGAAUUCACAAGUAUGGACCACAUAAAUGAAACACACUCGUGUAACAACGCCACGUUCAAUGUAACCACGGACAUGAACGUUGAAUUACGGAAACCACAGGCACCAUAUCUGUCUACUUACUGCGUAUCGUUAGAUUUACUUGAUGUGAACAUUACUAAAGAAUCCGGUCAACAGCAAUCGACACCUCUGAUCACAGUCAUGUGCACAGAGAGCAAAUCUGACGCUCAAACGACAACAGCCGCUCAAAGAACAACAUUCAGUCCAACAACAAUAGCCACUCCAACAACAACAACAACGAGUCAAACAGUAACGACAAUCGUAAAAACCGACACGUCAGUUCAUUCCCCUGACCAAACGCUGCUAGUGUUAUUUGCUGUCGUUGUGUUCAUAUGCGUGUCUGCACUCGUCGUGCUAUGUGCUUGUUCAAAGAAAAUUGAAGACAACAAGAAGAAACGUGACGAUCUCAAGCGCAAGACAGACAAGUUUGGAUCUGUUAUAAUACGUAACAAUACAUAGAUUCUGCUUAUAGUUAUACUGUACUAAGUAUUUUAUUCUUCUAUGUCAAGGCAACCCAAGUGUAACGUUCAAGAUUUCCUCUCAGAAGUGCUACAGUUUUUAAGUUAUUUCAAUAAAACAAAACAAAAUGUG